GCACUGAUGUACUCCUCCACUGUCGGUGAAGGAAAGUAUGACAGCGUACUAGAGCAGCCUUCAAGCCAAAGUCAUCCCUACUACCACUGCUGUCUGCUGUCAUCAUGUCUGAGAAAGAGCUCGGCCAAAAAUGGGAUCGCUGCCUCGCAGACUGCGCAAUUAAAGUCGGUACCGGUCUGGGUCUAGGAAUUGUGUUCUCUGUUGUAUUCUUCAAGCGCCGGACGUCACCCAUUGCCUUUGGUACAGGACUAGGUCUUGGCAUGGCGUAUUCAAACUGCCAGAAUGACUUGAGAUCACAUUAUGUACUGCACAGUAAUGUUUCUAAGGAGCAGUAGAGUUGCAUCAGUUAUGGAUUCGGUCAUCUGCCUUGCUUUUCUUAAUUGAAGCCUGACUUCAUUGUCAGACUGGUUGUCUUCUUUCUCUCUCCAUAAUAUACAUGUUCUUGUACAGGACAGUCUGUGUUUAUUUAAUAAAAUUAUAAAGAUUUGAA